UGCGCGUUUGGCCGCGUAGCGACGCGCACAAGUGGUCUUCCGAAACGCAACGCGACAUAACGCGAGCUGUUGCACACGUACGUACGUGUGAGCGUUUAUUCGCAGAUUUGUGCGUUUCUCGUUUCGCAGUGACGUGAAAGUGAGCAUUAUCGACACGCGCGCUUUCGCAACACGAGUCAUCGGGUCGUAUCUCGCGACACGUUCGCGCGACACACGUCAACAGUCCCUCCUCGAGCUUGGCAUUGACGAAACGUCAGCCACCGCACCAGAAUUAAUUCCUACUUACCCACCUACCCCGCAUAGUGACCUAGAAACGCUAAAGCUCCGUAGGGCUUAUCGCCGUCGUUGCCCCCCCCGGCUAACUGGCAGUUUGAAUUCGAGGAUGUGAGCUUCAAAGGACACGUUUCCUUCGGUUUGACAUCCGAUUAUGAUGGCUGAUGACUCGAUCGGACCAUCGCACUUCCUAGCCAGCCGAUGAUGCUAAUUACGUUAACGCGUGCACGCGACGCUCCAAUUAUGAUGCAAACGGAUAAGAGUGACGCCGAUAUUGACAAAAAUGAGACUGCCAACGAUGUCACGACGGUGUCAAUCACGAACGAAGUAACAAAUUUGAAGAUCGAAGACAGCUCAGCAAGUUCAACGCCGAGUAGUCCCGGCAGUACGCAGCUAGGUAGCUUUUUAACGAGCUUCAAAGCGUUUUCCAAAUUCGGCGAUCCAAAAAGCGACGGCAAACUGAUUACGUUGAGUCAAAGCGACAAAUGGAUGAAGCAGGCGAAGGUGAUCGACGGAAAGAAGAUUACCACCACAGAUACGGGAAUUUAUUUUAAGAAGCACAAAUCAAUGAAACUCAAUCUAGAGCAAUACAAAACGUUUCUUGAAGAAUUGGCCAAAAGUAAAAAAAUGGAGUUGGCAGAAAUCAAAAAGAAAAUGGCCAAUUGCGGACCACCUGGAGUCACUGCUGGCGUGAGCGGGGCUGGGAAAGCGGCGUCGACAGUUGACAGAUUGACCGAUGUCAGCAAGUAUACCGGCUCUCACAAACAACGUUUCGACGGAACGGGAAAGGGUAAGGGCAUAUCAGGACGCAAGGAUGUAUCAGAUCAGUCUGGAUACGUUCAAGGCUACCAAAAUAAAGACACGUACAGCAAGGCUCACUAGCACACAUCCGACGAGAUGGUUGAUAAGUAAGUCGAGCUGUUCGUCAUAAGAAUUUGAAUUUUACAACGUCAUCAGCGAUCUGACAGACGUUUCAAAAAUUAAAACAAUUGAUUGAUUUACGUUUAUUUGAAACGUGUCUAGACUAUACAAUUUUCGAUCUUGAUAUCCAUAUUUCAUUUUUUACAUCGGCGACUUUUUCGACGCAAGGCCUGAAUGAAAAGUCACUCUUGCUAAUAAUCGACUUAUUCGAGCGACUAGUUUCACUUGUCACCGCGGCUUCUAUCAUAUUGCUUACGUUAUUAGUUGAUUAAUCAUCAUUAGAAUGUUAAAAUCCAAAAAAUGAUUUCUCACAGAAGUAUUUAUAAAACGGACGAUGCUUUGAAGCAGUUCAGUUUCAGAAGACGUCUUUCUUUUGUCGAAAGCGCGACAAUGUACGAGGGCAGUCUGAAAACUUCUUGGCCUGACACAUAAAUGGUAUUAGAAACUGUCAAAUUAUAAUUGCAUUGGAAAGUGGCAUUCCUGAUAUAAACCCAUGUAAAAUUUUAUUUCGAUCUG